AUGGCGGAGAAAGCUGCUGCAGCGACGGCGACUGGGGACGCUCCAGCCGAGCCGGCGCCACCUGUGAAGCGCGGUAGAGGGCGGCCCAAGGGCAGCAAGAAUAAGCCCAAGGACCCUAACGCGGAGCCUCCCGUAAAGGUGCCAAAGAAGCGCGGCCGUCCGGCUUUUUCUUCGAAGAUUAUGAUCAUUAAUCUACCCUUCUUCAGCCCAAAGCCAGACCCGCUGAAGAGGAAGGCAAAGCAGAAGAGGAAGGGUCACCACUUCUUGGGCGCUUAUUCGAUCGCGCAUCCUGCCGCGUACGAUGGAAAGGAUCUGGAGGUCUGGAGGUGCUUCAGUAAGGACAGAGGUAGGACAGGCAGCUGCUUGGAUACUGCGCCGAAGAAGUCAAGCAUACAAGCAGCAGAGGCAACCGCGCCCUUAGCCUUCCUGAUUCCUUAG